UUCCCGGCCUUUUCUUCGUUCCUCUCCGUUGUAAUCGCUAGACAAUGGUGAUGAGACCGAUUUCAAAAAACAGCUUCAUUUACAAACACAGCUUUUGUCUCAGGCGUAACUCCACGACUGCUCUCUCUAACUACAAACCCAAUCCACCGACAACAACAAGAACACAAAACUCUGUGGAGAGGACUACGACAAGCACAUCAAUCUUCCAAUGGAAUUCUCAAAUCUCGAAGCUCGCGAGAAACGGCAAUCUCCAAGAAGCCGAAGCUAUAUUCAAAUCAAUGCCUCAGAGAAGCAUCGUCUCGUGGAACGCGAUGAUCUCUGCUUACGCGGAGAACGGUAAAAUGAGUAAAGCACGCCAAGUGUUCGACGAAAUGCCUGUGAGAGCCACAACGUCUUAUAACGCGAUGAUUACGGCUAUGGUUAAGAACAAGUGCGAUAUGGUCAAAGCUCACGACUUGUUUCGCGAGAUACCUGAGAAGAACGCUGUCUCUUACGCCGCGAUGAUUACCGGUUUUGUGAAGGCGGGGAUGUUUGAUGAGGCGGAGUGUUUGUACGGUGAGACGCCCGUUGAGUUUCGUGAUCCUGUUGCUUCGAAUGUUUUGUUGAGUGGGUACUUGAGAGCAGGGAAGUUGAAGGAGGCUGUACGUGUGUUUGAAGGUAUGGUGGUGAAGGAAGUGGUGUCGUGUAGCUCGAUGGUUGAUGGGUUUUGCAAAAUGAGGAAGCUUGUUGAUGCUAGGAGAGUGUUCGAUGAGAUGUCUGAGAGAAAUGUGGUUACUUGGACUGCUAUGAUUGAUGGGUAUUUUAAAGGUGGGUUUUUUGAAGAUGGGUUUGCUCUGUUUCUGAGGAUGAGACGAGAGGGAGAUGUUAGUGUUAAUGCCAACACUCUGGCUGUUAUGUUUAAAGCUUGUCGAGAUUUCGAUAGAUACAGAGAGGGGAGUCAGAUUCAUGGGUUGGUUUCACGGAUGCCUCUUGAGUUUGAUCUCUUUCUAGGGAAUUCGUUGAUUUCAAUGUACUCUAAGCUUGGUUUUAUGGGAGAGGCCAAAGCAGUGUUUGGCGUGAUGAGAAACAAAGACACUGUUUCUUUUAACUCGUUGAUCACGGGUCUUGUUCACAGCGGACAAGUCUCUGAAGCUUAUGAACUUUUCGAUAAGAUGCCGAGUAAAGACAUUGUAUCUUGGACAGAUAUGAUCAAAGGGUUUUCCGGUAAAGGAGAGAUCUCCAAAUGUCUAGAGUUGUUUAGGAUGAUGCCUGAGAAGGACGACGUGACAUGGACCGCUAUGAUAUCUGCUUUUGUGAGCAAUGGAUGUUACGAGGAGGCGCUUCAUUGGUUUCGUAAUAUGCUCCGAGGAAAGGUUUCUCCAAACUCCUACACUUUCAGUAGUGUGCUCAGUGCAGCAGCUAGUUUAGCGGCGUUGGUUGAAGGACUACAGAUCCACGCUAGAGUAGUGAAGAUGAACAUGGCCUAUGACUUGUCAGUUCAGAACUCAUUGGUGUCUAUGUAUUCAAAAAGCGGAAACGCGGAUGAUGCUUACAAGAUCUUCUUACGCAUCAGUGAUCCCAAUAUUGUUUCUUACAACACGAUGAUCAGCGGGUUUUCUUACAACGGUUUCGGUAAGGAAGCAGUUAAACUGUUUUCAGCAUUGGAAAGUACAGGAACAGAGCCGAACAGUGUUACCUUUCUUGCUCUGUUAUCAGCUUGUGCUCAUGUUGGAUACGUAGAUUUAGGAUGGAAGUACUUCAGCUCCAUGGAAGAACCAGGACCUGAUCAUUACGCGUGUAUGGUUGAUCUCCUUGGCAGAAGUGGGAUGCUUGAUGAAGCAUAUCAUUUGAUCUCUUCAAUGCCUUUUGAGCCUCACUCUGGUGUUUGGGGUAGUCUUCUUGGUGCGAGCAAGACUUGUCUGCGUGUGGAUCUUGCGGAGCUUGCUGCUCAGAAACUGAUUGAGCUUGAGCCUGAUAGCGCAACACCUUAUGUUGUAUUGUCUCAGCUAUAUUCACUUGUUGGGAAAAACAGAGACGGUGAUCGGAUAAGGAGUAUCAAGAAAUCGAAAAGAAUAAAGAAAGAUCCUGGUUCUAGCUGGAUCAUAUUAAAGGGUGAAGUGCACAACUUUCUUGCGGGAGAUGAGUCUCAUUUGAAUCUGGAAGAGAUAACGUUCACACUGAAGAUGAUUGAAAAGGAAAUGGAAAUUGAUUUCUAUAAGCCAUUGCAGAGGAAGUAUUCAUAAAUGAACCAAGCUCUGUUAUUGAGAGAGAGGUUAUGGAAACUUAUUUGAUUGUUUUGAUAGCCUGUGGUGGUUUCUUUCUUGCCCUUGCUUUAUUAUUGGCAUGUUUGGAAGAGAAGAAGAAAACAGGCAGUGAUGGUUCUGUGCUAAAGCCCAACAACAACCAGAGAGACACGGCUGUAACAAGUAGCAAUGGUGACUUCGUGUUUUAUCCAGCUGCGGCAGCGUCUCUUCCUACUAUCUCUGGUUCUGGACCUUCUGGUCAUCAUCACGGCAGUCAUCAUCACGGUGGUGGUGGUGGUUGUGGCGGUGGAGGGCAUCAUGGUGGUGGUGGUGGAGGGGGAUGUGGUGGUGGUGGAGGGGGAUGUGGUGGCGGUGGAGGAGGAGGAGGAUGUGGUGGCGGGUGAGGAAGUUAGUUAUGUAUAACGAUGUGUUUUUGUGUUUUUCUCGUGGUCUUGGAUUUGUGCUAUUUUUUUUUAAUUUCUACUUGAUUAAAUCUCAUAUUUUCUGAUUUGAUUUGUAUUAUGUAAAUAUUUUAUAUUUACCAUAAAUCAAAAUACACUAGUUUUGUGAAAAUAAAUUAAUAUAAAUUUCAUAA